AUGAAACCAGGAUUUUGGGUAGGAAUAGAUGAAAAAUUUUUGGUUAGAGAAGUCAGUGAGCAAUCUGAGAUAGGAGAGCUUGAUAGUAAUGCGGUUAUAUAUGGACUGUAUCGAAUCCGAAAACCGGAUGUUAAUCGAUUAAUGCCUAUGAAAGAUGGAGCACUUAACUGUGUAGCUGAACGAGUAAUAGAGCAUUUUGAUCAAGCCAAAAAAAAACAUAGGCUCACAGAAAUUCGUCGGCAAAAAAUAAAUAAUUGGGAGGAAAAAAUGCGCAUUCCAGGUGCUCGAGUACAAGAUGUAGCAGAGUUAGAAAAAAUUCUUAAACGACCGAUUAAAUUACUUGAUAUAACUCAUGGGACUAUAUUCAAUAAUGGAAAGUAUCGAUCAGGUAAGUAUGAAGAAAUUGGAAUAGUAGUUCAUAAUGGCCAUGCAUUUCCAAGAAACCAGCACUUUCCAAGAGAUCGAAUGGUCGAAUAUUAUAAAGGUGAUACUUGGGAAGCUAUCAAUAAUGCCCUUCAAGGUUCUCAAGCAAUCUGGCUUAUGGGAAUAGGAGAUGAAAACCAAAGAGUUUCUCAAUUUGUUUUAGAAGACGGCCGUACAUUUAGGACAUGGAUAAAGCAUACAGAUAUUAUAAAAGCAUGUAAGGAAUUAUUUGAAGACGCGGUAAACUGGCAAUUUCAUGAAAAUAUAAUUAAUGAAGAAAAAAAAUCGAUUCUUUUAAAGUCUCUCAAAGUAGUUGACUUAGCAGAGCAAGUAUUUGGUGCAAACCAUGCCGGAAGCCGACUUGCUAACAAAAUUAAUGAAUGGCGUCCAAUAUCUGAAAAAAUAAAUGAUGUUAUAAAACAGGCCUGUGUAGAGCAUGGGCAUGGUGGGCGCUGGAAUGCACCCGAUUAUCGUGUUAAUGAUGUCGUAUAUAUUGAUAUGAAAGAAUGUUAUCCAGCAAGUAUGCGAGGUCAAGGAGAAUGCGUGCCAUGGUUCAAUCGAUUUGGGCACCCAACACAUCAUCUUGUCCGAGUAGCAGUAAAUAGAAAGUUACCGAAAGAUGAUAUCACCGGAUUUGCGCAG